GCUGCACUGGGCCUGUGAUCAGGGAAACUUCCACACUGUCGCCUAUUGUUGGGUCACAAUGGCAUCGAUGCCAAUGUUGUAAACAACAAAGGUGACACACCACUGCAUGAGGCAGUUCGGGGCCAACACUAUAAAGUGGUGUGUGCGAUGCUGUUCAAGGAUUCGGUGAAUUUAGAAAUUGUGAACAAAGAAUAUAGGACACCAUUGCUUGAAGCUGUUUCGAACGGUCACCUCGGAAUAAUGCAGCGGCUGAUAGCCAGGGGCGCGAAUGUAAAUUUUGUCGAACAUGGAGGAAAUAAUUGCCUGCAUCUGGCGUUAAAAAGAGAAAACAACUUUCAUUCUGAGGUGGAGCACAUGACCAUGUUAGAUCAGUUCUGCGUAGAGCUGAAACUGGGAAACGAAGAAAGGUGCUCUGGUGUGGUAGUUGCCAGCUACCUAGCCCACCACGGGGCCAACUUUUACUGUAAAAACAAAAGUGGCAGAACACCAUUUGACCUAAUAAAAAAGGAAAAAUUAAAAAAGACGUUAAAGACGUUAUUCCGACCAACGCAAUGUGUGUUUUGUGAAGACGAAGUGGCCACAGAGACGUUCUUUCCAUGUAAACAUCUUUCGCUGUGUAAGAAAUGCUGUCCCCAAAAGAUACCUAAACGAUGCCCUAUGUGUAGACAGAAUAUAACGAGCAAAAAUAGUUUGGGUAAGAAUACUGUAUGAUCUGUCUGUUUGUCUCAUGGGCUUUAUGGUGUGGAAUAUUGUAUUUCAUAUUGUUGUGUAGAUCCAGUUCUGCCUUAAUCAAGCACACUUUUGAUAAAAGAUGUUCCAGGUG